AUGAAGCUUAUGGUGAAGUGCUCUCUGAAUGUCGAUACUAGCGGCACGAAAGAGCUCAUGAUACACAACCCAUCCGCGACGUUGGGCAACGUGCGCGCCGCCAUUUCAAUCAACUUCCGCUUGCCUGUGUACGGUUUUCGCAUGACGCACGGCUCCGUUGACCUUAGCAAUGAGAAGGUGCUUCUUCGUGAUAGCGGGCUUAAGGACGGGGAUGUGAUUACUGUGGUGUCGAAGCGCGAUAGGGAGGAAGAAGUUGAGACGGGAGAACAGCAGCCUCGGGAAGAGGUGCAGACAACUGAAGUUUCAACGGCACCGACAACGUCGGUGACACCCGUAGCGUCUGCCACCACUGCUGCAAUGAGUGGCGUGGGGGGUGCUGAGCCUAUAGUGUCAAACAACGACAACGACAACGAUGNUAGCGUCUGCCACCACUGCUGCAAUGAGUGGCGUGGGGGGUGCUGA